UUUUUAUCCCUUACCCCAAAUAGUGCGAGGAUGCCCCCAGAUGAACCAUGACGUGGCGGCGGUUCGACCUUCUGUAUGGUCUAUAUUCUGCGCCCUUGGUCGUGAACAGACAUAGAUCUUACUUUGGCGCCCUACUAAGCCUAAUUGUUUCACACGUUAUGUUUCUUGUGAGAUAUAAAUAAACAAUAUUUUGCAUUCGUUUUCUACAGCUGUAAUGGCAUCGAUCUUCCGCCAGAAAUAGAAAACAACAAUGAGUCUUGUAGCAUGGGGUUGACUGACGAUAAGACGAUGGUCAAUGGGGACACACCCAAAGGUACAAGAGCGUGAAAAAUAUUUUUCCCAUUUGUUAUUAUUUCAGAUUUCAACUCGAUAUUUAAUUAUGUUCGCAUGAAAAUUAGUAAAAGCAGAUAAAUAAGCCAAUUCUUGGUUUGCACUAGACCUUUCCCCUUAUGAGUGAAAUUUUGAUCUAGAUAUGCCUGGGCAACAAUUCCAUCACAGCUUGAAAGAGCAUCACAAAAUUAGUAAUAUUCCGAAGUUUCGUUGCGAAAUGUUGUAAAAUGCGGAUAAUAUAGCCUUGCGAAGUUUGCCGUUUUUCAGUCAUUUUGAAUUACAAUGUAACAUUUUGCAUCAGUUUGAUCAUCUGAUUAUCAAUUUCCCGUUUGUAAUACCAAAUGGCAAAUGACUGAAAAACGGGCAAACUUCGCAAGGCUAUAUUAUCCCCAUUUUACAACAUUUCGCAACGAAACUUUGGAAUAUUACUAAUUUUGUGAUGCUCUUUCAAGCCAAAUUUUUGUCCAGACUUGUCUAGAUCAAAAUUUCACUCAAAAGAGGAAAGGUCUAUUGAUGUCAUGGCAGGCAUGUUGGAGGCCGAAAGCUCAACAAAAGAAUCUCAUUAACAGCUGUUGUAUUUGGAGCGCGUAUAUUCCUCCAACAUGGCUGCCAUGUCUUUGUCACAGAAUAAGAAGGUACAGCAGAAGUGUAACUCAAGCAAGUAUUUGUCCGCGUUUUUACAAGCGAUUCGUCAUCAAUCACGCCAUCCUGGCUAGUACAACCGGCACUUUGUACCUAUACCAAAACCUGAUAAAAACGUCCGGUUGUACUAGCCAGGAUGGCGUGAGCGAGUUAAAAUUUUCGUGGACGUAAAACAAUAAGGGAACCGACUCGAGUUACACUUCUGCUAUACCUUUUUAUUCUUAUUCUUGUGUCUUUGUCUUAUAAAUCUCAGGAGAUUGAUUGCAAACCAUCGAUUCCGACGACGAACGUAUCCAAAUGACGGUCCUGUGUCUGAAUAUAUUGCAGUUUGAGACUGGACGAAUUUGAAUAUGCAUAUGAAAAUUUUCAACUGUUCAGUCAUCAACUGUUCAUUGACUAUGCAAAAAGCUGCUCAAAGAACAAUACACGCUUCCGGAAAGUACGCCACUUUGGCUAUAGAGCCUCCCAGAAUGCGUCAUUUGGAUGUGCAGUGGAGACACUGAAGUGGUUUAUUAAAGUGGGCAGUUCAUAGAUAUCUUAUAAAUACACUAGGUAGCGCAUCUCUUUUAGUAAAAUUGAAGCCAAGAAUAUUCCAGCGGUUACCCCCAUUUGAAUAGAUGGCGGCCAUGUUGAAGUUUCCCACUCGCUAAUGAACGCUUAAAAAACAGCAAUAACUUUCAUCAUUUGAAUAGUUUGAAAAUGUAUUUGGAAUAGGUUUAACUUAAUGUUUAAGUUCCUGUUUAAGAAAACAUACGAGUCUUCUCAUUUCAUGGGAAUAUCCUGAGUCUGCAAUCACGGCUUCAAUUUUUGAAUUGCAGAAUAAUUAUAUGCACUAUCUAGUGUAUAUAAGAUAUCUAUGGGGCAGUUUGAUUCAAUUAUAUAUGAAACAAUAGUUUUUGUGUAUUUUUCAGAGCUUGAUAAAAAUGGAAGGAGGACUAAAGCAGCAGAGGUAUAUGGUGAUUGAGUUUUCUCCUCUUUGAAAUAACAUGUUAUGAAAAUGCUUAUGCCAGUUUAAACGCUGGUAUAUCUCAGUCAUUAGAGAGGUUAAGAUACCCCGGUUUCGGUGUACGUGUACGGGUAGCAUGAUUUUGGUUAGCAAUAUUUUCGUCAAUGUCUGUACCUUUACUCGUAAUUAAGGUGCACAUUUUUCGCAUUAUAUCAUUGUCUAUUGCAAGAAAACAGAAAAAGUAUGAUCGAAUUACAGACAUCAGUAAAACAAGUUGUCACUACUCGUACCAGUACACCGAAACCGGGGUAUCUUAACCUCUCCAAUAUCGCUUGUAUGACCCAUAGGGUAUGACCUAUCAAAAUUUAAGUUGGCCCCUUUUGGAUACGGUAAAAGUUAUUUGAGCGACAUAGCCGUUUUACUUUUUCCGCUAUAUCAAAUCAAACAGGGGAACUUUUUUCUGCGCCACCCGGUAUAUGUAUAUGUAUAAGUAUAUGUUAGGAAUUUUGAACUGUCUUUGCUAGUGUCAAUAAAAUGAACAAGCUUUCGUUGGUAUAGGGACGCAAUUACCUCAAACUAUAUUUUCAGGUAGUUGGAUCCCGACCAACGAAAGCUUGAACUUAUUUUAGGAUUUGCACGUUACUGUGACGAUAACGAACUAUUUGUGUUUUGUAUCUCUUGCAGGAAAUCCUAUCCACAGAAGUUUCAUAUUGCAAUGGUUUAGAUUUAUUAGUCGAGGUAAGAGGUUAAUUCAUUCAUUUUCAAGUUACACGAGUGGUCCUUUGUCCAUUGAAAAAUGUGGCUUGGCACUUCACCUCAGCGUGGUUAACACUCAGUAAUGAUAGGUAGCCCAAUAGCUAGGUGUGUCAAGUAUAUUUGACUCAAAUAUUCAAAUUUUGAAUGAAACUGUGCUUACCUUGUGCUUCGCAAAGCAGGCACAAUUUUAUUAUUUAAUAUAAGUUUUUAUGAUAUGAUGAUAAACUAAGAUUCAAACUGUUCUUUAUCCCAUUUUGUAUUUUACAGCAUUUUAUUCAACCCAUGAAAAUCUAUGGAAUCUUAUCCAUGGACGAAAUAGAUGUUAUAUUCUCAAAUAUUGAGGUUAGUCUAUUUUGUAAUGCUGAAGAAAUCUGUGUUGGAAACCAAGAAAUCUCAAGAAAAAAAUCUGAAAUCUGUAUAGAAAUCUGAAAAAAAUGUGAAAAAAUCGGGGGGAAAUCUGUGUUGGAAACCAAGUCUACAGUUUGUAAACUUUGUUUAUUUUUUUCUGUAGUCUCUGCAUGGACUUAGUAAAGAAAUGGUUUCAAAGUUAAAGUUACGUUUGGAAAACUGGGAAGUUGAGAGCACUAUCAUUGGAGAUGUUUUAGUCGAGAUGGUGAGUCUUGGCAUAUACCCUCUGAACUCUAUAUAUAUCUGGAGCGAGAACUCGAGUCCAAAAGUGACGCCAGUUUCGUGUUAACCGCGCAGAGAAAAACAAUAGAAAGAGACUGGAACUGACGUCCAAUAGCUGCUUCAAUUUCCGCCAUCUUGGCAAGGAGUGUGCCGAAAUAUUGUGUUUUGAUAUGGAUUUAAAGAAUAAUACUAUGGUUUUAUGCACUGAUAACUUGGUUAGUGAUACGGUCUGUUAGAAAAAACUGGAUUUAACUGGAGGAAAGUGGUAUAAAAGCUGUUUACGACCUUCAGAACUAUUGGACGUCAAUGGCCGCCAUCUUGACUUCACUUAGUUUCUCAUAGACCGUUUUGCAUGCGAAUUCUCACUCCAGAUAUAUAUAGAGCCCAUUGUCUAAACCACAACCAGUUAAGUUAUGAAACUCUUGCCUCAUGCACGAUAUAAAAUGGUUAUUAUUUUGUAAAAUGCUCAAAUAAAUAUUUGUAUAUUCAACACAUUAUUUAUAAUCCACUGGCAUGUAUUGCUCGGAGAGAACCUAAGCAUUCUGAACACAAUUAUUAUUUUAGAACACAAUCAACUAACAAAUUUGCCACGAACACUGACCGCUUUGGAAAUUUUGUAACAGUUAAAUAUGUUUGAUUUUUAUAAUCUUAGUAUGUUUACCUUUAUUAUAUUCUAUUUCUUGUAAUUAGGUCUAUACAUAUAAUUUUACGUAUACCGUGUAAUUCAGUUGUUACUGCAAUUCGGUUUAUUAAACAGAUUAUUAUUAUUAUUAUUCUUGCUUCACAGUUUUCCUAUCUGAAAAUGUUCAAGCCAUAUUUUGAUUCGCGAUCCGCUGCCAACCAGGUAUGUAUGUAUUUCCUAAUAUUCCUCUUUGGCCAAUGUUGGCAAUAGUAUACACGUCUUGAACUACAAAUGUUAUGAAUAAACAGUGUAAAGUGAUUCAAUUCGUGUUAUUACAUUGUCCUUUUAAUUCGAUACGUUUCUUCUUAGCUCCGAAUACGAUACGAGAAAUCAAACGACAGAUUUAGAAACUUUUUAUCAAGAGUAAGUAAGAUAUUAUUAGAGAGGUUAUUAAAGAUUGACGAGUACGGCAGGUCGGUAACUGCAAACGGCAAACUUCAAUUUGCAUUUGAAGAUAAGUUCUACAAGUUUCCGAAGGUUUCGACAGGUUUUUAGUCAAUUCAUUCUUCAAUUUUAAUGCACAAAUUGUCCUAACUUCGAACAGCUUACAGCACUCAGCAGCCGAAGGAUAAUUUUUUAUAUAACUGUUUAUACUCCAUGUUUGUUUGCUGUAGGUGAAUUGUGGACAGACGUUAGACUCGCUGCUUUUAAUGCCAAUCCAAGUAGGUUGAUGCAAAUAUUAUGAUCAAUUCAUCAAUAGAUAUACUUAACCAUAUUAGUUUCUGGUCUGAUAUAUAUAUUGCACGAGGGCUGUUGGAGCCCUGACCCCAACAAACAUUAAUUUAAUUAAUUUAAAAUGAAAUUUAUAUUGCGCCAAUUACAUAAAAAUUAUCAAAGGCGUAUUACAGGUGGAUGAGAAUAAAAUAUUACAAUAAUCAGAAGUUAUCUAAGCAUUAAAAGCACGGUUAAAAAGCAGAGUCUUGAUAUUGCUCUUGAAGGUUGAUAAUGAAUUAGUGGCCCUAAUAGCCUUAGGCAAAGAGUUCCAUAGUUUGGGGUCUGCAGAUGCAAAUGCUCUAUCUCCCAAUGUCACAAGUGAUUUGCCAGGUGGUGGUACUAGUAAGGUCUCUUCAUAUAUCAACUUGAAGUGUUCUAAAUUGUUGGGACACUUUUGAUGGUUUUUGUCCAGGGGAUUAAUGCCAACCAGGGUGUCCACGUGUCUGGAAAAUUCUGCAAAGUCCUUGAAUUGGAAAUAAAUAAUUCCAGGACUGGAAAGUCCUUGAAAAUCAGUAGAAGUCCUUGAAAGUCCUGGAAUUAAUUUCCUUAACCUCCAGCUGUGCCAACAUUGGUGAUUUUGAUUAAAAUUACUGAAUAAAUUGAAUUAUUUAUGGCAAAUCCGUGCCAUUUUUAAAGAUUUCCCAGUUCUAGGUCCUUGAAUUUACUGAAAAAGGGCCUUGAAUUUCUUGGAAAAGUUCUUGAAUUUCACCUUCACCAAAGGGUGGACACCUUGGCUAACCCUGGGUUAAAAUUUAACCCGUUGUUCUAGUUUAUGUAUAUUUCUGUACAUCCGUUUAUUUCAAAACUUCAAAGGAGAAAACUUCUACUGAUUCAGACAAGAUCUCUGAACAAAUAUUUCCAAAUUUAUAAAUAAGCUGUUGGGAAAUUUGCUUUGAAUUUUAAGUUAACGUCAUGGGGUUAAGCUAACCCAGCUUUGAACAUCUGGCCCUAGGCUUUGCUUGUAAAAACGCAUGGCUGUGUGUGAUAGGAAUAAUGAAAAUAUACAGUUUCUGGAAACAUUUAAAAUUAUAUUCUUUUAGCGGAUUCCUAGAUAUCAACUUUUACUGAAGGAACUUGUAAAGAGAACUGAACCGGUAGGUUACAUUUUGUUUUUGUUUCUUGUUCGUUGUAAAGUAGACGUUAAACCUCGCGAUCCAACCAGGGUGAGAGUUACUUGAUGAGACGUUACUGCAACCCUCAAAAUUCAACUAUUUUUGCCUCGGCAAAUAAUUGCCGAAGUCUUUCCAUAAUUUUCGAGUUUGCCUCGGCAAUUUUUUUUGCCGAGGCACGCAAUGAAAUCACCUCAAAUUCCUUCGGCAAUUACUUCGGCACCCUUCGGCAUUCACAUCGGCAGUUGUAAUUAAAGUAAAGCAAAUAGGGAAAUUAUCGUAAACAAAUAUUAUAACGAGCGUAGAUUCUGACGUUUGACAAUUUGUUGUUAUUUAACAAAUUCCUGAUUCAAAAUGUUUUUAAAAAGUUAGUGGUAAUAAACAACAAAUAGUAUGAAAGAAUAAACUUGACGGUAAUCACGCGACAGUCUAAAAGAUAAAACAAAGUUUGUCGACGUGCCGUCUUUAAACCAUCAAGAUUGUUCUUUAUUUCAGCCAAAGCCGACGCUGGAAAGCUCAAAUUGAAAUAUUUUGUAAAGUAGCUAUGAAUGAAAUCUUCUGUUGUUCACCCAACGUCGAUGACAACAAUUGGAACGAGGAAGUGAUAAAAAAAACGAACACCGUGCUGUAGUUUGUAAAUUUAAGCAAAAAUCGAACAGACGCCGUAGUUUGUAAUUUAUGUAAGGUACACGGGUAGAAUUGCCUCGGCAUUUUUUUGCCGAGGCAAACUAUGAAAAAUCGUAACUUGCCUCGGCAUUUUCGUCGGCAAUUGCCGAGUGCCGAGGCGAAUUUCGAGGGUUGUACUGGCGUUUAACUACCAACUCUCAUCCACUCCAGCCUCUACCCCAGGCUCCAACUGUGUCACGCCUCAACCCACGCGACUUCGUGGGAUUUCGCAUCCAGACGCAGGGCCCUGCAGCAAAUGAAAUCGUCUGGGGACGAGGCUGCAUCCACUUAACUUUGAGCUGGUUUGAUGGGACUUGACGAGAGUCUUUGCCAGGGCAGGAAGGAAAAAGAAUUUUCUUCCUGAGAUCAAAACCUGGAGACAAAAAUUUCCUGCAGACCAACGGAGUAUUUUUGUGUUAAAUCAUGUGCAUAAUGUUCUAGCUGGCCAUAUUUUUAAAUUCAAAGAAUAAUGUCUGUCCAUUAACUGUGGUCAACCAUGUGUUGUUGCACCAUAUAGUGGGACAUGGGUGUUAAGGUUUCCUUCAAAUUUUCAAUAGCAAGUCUUCACUCAAACGAAAUUCCUACAGCUGUUUAACAUUUCCAGCGAACAGUGGUCGCCUACUUUUUCCACCCCUGGAUUUUGCUCAUUUGAGCGGUAAUAUCCAGUCAAUUCUCAUGCAACUCUUAUUCUCGUUUGACCAGGCGACGAGAGUUGAUGAACCUCUCACUCAAACUUUCGCUUGCCAACUGUCACUCUCGUUUCACUUUUGACGUCAGGCUUUUAUUGUUAAAUUCUUUAAUGUGUACCUUCAUGUUUUUUAGGAACAUCCCGACUUCGAAAAUUUAACCGAAGCCUUGGCGAAAGCACAAGAGGUUAACAUCUAUAGAAUUUUCCCAAAAUUUAUGGAGUUCUUGCAUUUGUACUGAAAUUCUACUUUGCACACAGAGUAAACGCUAAUUUUGAUUUUUUUUUCCACAGACGGCGACCGACCUAAAUGAGCAUAUUCGUCAAAUUGAAAACGAAUCAAAGAUUUUCGAAAUUAUAAAUAUGUUUCCAAAUGAUGAUUUGGUGAGUUUGUGGUUGUAGUACUGUAUAUUUGUCCCCACGUUUGUGUCAACUAUUAUGAUGUAUCUUUGUCUGUUUGUCCGUUCUUUCUAUUGCUUGUGUUUUCGUACAUGCAGACACAGCAAUCAAGAAUGACAAUGACUUUCUUUUCGUAUAUAGGAUCUAAUCAUCAGUGAUUCCAAUAAUAGCCCUAAGAUGAAACCAUCACGUAAGUUAAAUCCAAACUUUCAUGUUUUGUUUCCGGUGAUGACAUCAUAAUAAUAAUCUGGUCUUUACCAGUGUAGGUAGGGU